ACUCCCGCCGCAUGCCAUCAAAGUCUGCAAGCGCGGUCCUCCCUUACCCACUGAUUUUCUCCUGCUCAAGCCUUUCAAUUUCUACGACUCGACCACAUUGUUAUACCCGCAUGAAUGAGCAUGGAUAGUCUUCUCUCUAUUGGCGUAGGCCUUGGACUCCGACCUGUAAUCGACAACGUCACUCACAAUCCGUACCGAGCUUCAGCACUCAUUGGACUUUGGGAAGGAGUAGUCCUCAAUCACUUUCUCGUCAAGUUCCCUCGCUCCGUUGACCCUUAUGUCGCCUUCGGAUUCAGGUUGUUCGUCGACUUCCUAUUCACAGAAUCUUUCCUAAGGAUGACCAUCAUCGUUCUGUGGACGGGUUUGGGCUUGGUGUUUGCUGAUCUGGGACGGGACUUGACAAAUGAUAGACGAUUCCGGAGACUCUGGCGUCGCAUUCGGCGAUUGGUACUCAAGCCCACUUUGGGUCUUUUACCCGCUUCGUCGCUAUCGCGAGUGAGGUUCUUGCAGGUACCCGCAGGUUCUACCUCGUCGGUCGUUUCACGAUCGACAGCACGAAGUCCUACGUCGGCAACAUCUUCGUUUUCCCUUCGGGUACCACUUCGCCCUUCGACUCGACCAGUUCCCGGUUCUUUUGACCAAUGGUCAGAAGUGAGCACAGACAUUGGACGAGAUAUACCACAACGUGCACCUUCACCACCACCUCGACCUGCUCAACGAGCCCCGCCACCACCUCUCACAUUAUACCCCCAACCCAUGACACGACCUCGGCCAGAAUCAGAAGCAGAACCAUACCCAUAUCCCAGUCCUAGCCGAUCCCCUUCCGAGCUAGAAUAUGUUGCCCUUCCAAUGAUACCUGACCAACCGUCAAGUCCACUCAAUCGAAGGGACCAUUACAUGCGCUCAGGCUUGACCACGCCUAACAGUAAUCCUACCUCGAACGAAUACGACGAAGAAGACCGUCCGUAUAUUCAUUCGGGACUCACAACUCCUUAUAAUCAACGUCGUCCGCUCACGAGCGAGGGCCUACCUCCCGUACGGAUAAUUGAUGACGGUACCGAGUAUACACCGACUCGAAGUCAAGUCGAACUUCCACCUAUACCUAUACGACCUCCACCACAAGGAUCAAAUUACGAUACUGAUGAUAACGAACAUAUCGAGUUCCCCAUUCCCCAUCUGUCUGCACUUGGAUUAUCCGACCCUCAGCCAAGUCAUGGUUUUGUCCCACCAAUGUCAGAGAUCCCCAAUAUCCCCACACAGGAUGAUCAUCCUGAAGGUAAAGAAGGAGAUGACGCCAAUAAACGAGAUACACUCGUUGACCCGCCUCCGAGAUACGAAUCGGUCGCGGAGGUCGAGCCGGUGGAUGUUCCCGACCAUGUCUCUGUGGCUGAGACGGAAGCUGAUAGUGUCAUAACUGAGGGUCCCAAAGACGCUGUCAUCCAGCGCGCCGAGAGUCUCCGGAAGGAUGCGCAGGCGAAGGAGAAGCAGAGGGAUGAGUUGAGGCAAAAGAUGUUGCAGGCACAGAAGGAUGGAGAGUAUUUCAAGGCGCUGAAGUAUGAGGUAGAACUGGAGGAAGCACACACAUCGGCGCAAAAACUACAUGCGCAGGCUCGACGUCGUUUCUUCCUUGCUCAUAACAUGCAGCGAGAACCUCAAGAAAUUGACGUUCAUCGACUAAGUGUGGCAGAAGCUCUUGCAGCGGUGAAGACUGCUAUCCGAGAUGCAUAUGAUACCAAUGCACCAGAACUUCGAAUAAUCGUCGGAAAGGGCAAGCAUUCGAAGAACAAUAUCCCUGUACUUAAGCUAGCUAUCGUUGGAGAGCUUCAGAAACAUCAUAUUGAAGCCGUUCCCCAACAUAACAAUGCUGGUGUACUUGUUAUCACUUUAGAUCGACCCUCUGAUGAGGCUGGCCCAUCGGACUCUGCUUCAUAACACUUGCUUUGGAAUCUUUUUGUCAUCUCUGUAUUCUAUCCGCUGGUUGUAGGAUCAGGCUGUACCUCUCUUCUUUGUCUUGUUGUCUUAUGCUGUUAUUCAUGUACUACUUGCUCUCUAUUUACUUACAUCAAUAUAAAGCUUCCUUUCCUCUGUCUCUUUCGCGUGUCGUUACUUGGCUACCUAGCAGCGGCCCAACCACCCGUAGACAAAGACUCGGGCAAUGAACCAGCGCAGCUAUCUACCGACUCGCCAUCUGGGACCAGUUCGAUCACAAUAUUCG